AUGACUCACAAAGACGGAAAUGAGUCGGACAAUGAUGAGGUCCAGAACCAGAUGAUGUCACAAGAAACAGUGUCAGCCGAAGAGAUAAGGAUACUAAGACAACAAAUGACGAAGAUGUACGAAGCUUGGAUGAGUGGACAAGCUCCACCACCUUCAAUCCAUGACUAUCUAAAUACAAAUAUGUCACCCCAUGUCCAAGUAUCGAUGAGUGAUCCAAUUUAUCCACUAGGAUUCGGUCCCUAUGCUAACGCAUCUAACGUAGCUGGAACUUCUACGGUGCGCCCUUUGAGUACGCCUAUGACAAGUAAUCCACUAUUCAUUGCAACUGUGCUGACAAAUGUUGUUCAACAACCUAUAAUGGAGCCAAAAUCCAACAACGAUCCUCCACCCAAAGUUCAAUAUGAUCGAGAUUAUACUCUUGAAUUGACUUUUAAAAUCCCAAGCUCUUACCCUCACACUCAUCAGUAUAGUUCUCAUGUUGAGGCUGAAAAAGCUGUUAAGAACGAGGAACAUGAAGAAUUGGCUAGAAAAAUGAAGAGUUUGGAACAGAGUGUAAGAGAUAUGCAAGGAUUGAGAGGUCACAAAAGUGUUUCAUUCAAUGAUUUGUGCAUGUUUCCCCACGUUCAUCUACCCAUCGGUUUUAAAACUCCAAAGUUCAAAAAAUAUGAUGGACAUGGAGAUCCUGUAGCUCAUUUAAAGAGAUAUUAUAAUCAACUGAGAAGAAUUGCUCAUGGCUUAUUUUGGGGAAAGUUUGAUGGAAAUUGCCUCAGAAUGGUUCAUAGAUCAAGAUACUUCUAA